ACCAGGAAGUGCUCCAAAGGCUAGACCGUCCCAUUUACCAACGGUUGAGGAUCCUCCGGAGCAUCCUCCGAUGACUGGGUCCUUCGAGGGACGCAGCCUGCGAAUUGAGACACAACAAUAGACAUAAUAUAUGCUUCCACAUGGCCUCCACCAAACACUUCAUAGAAGUGCGCAGGCUUUAGUGAGUUUGGGACAGGGCAGAAGCACCGUGCCAUGAACAGAGUAACAGCGUCCUCUAGUGGACUACACAUUUCAUGGUUACCAUAGCAGCCGCUUCCAAACACUAUCCAGUACCGUCCGUUGUUGUCGCAAGCAGAAAUGUCUCGGUCUCAGGCGGAGAGAGUGAUUCAAAUCCUGAUUAGUGAACUAGUGGAAGCAUGUGCACAGAGGGGGCAGUCUGUAUCUGAAACUCUGGUGACUUUCAUGGUUAAAUCUGUGGUGUUGCAUCCAGCGAACGGGUUUACUGUGGACUGCACACUGUCUAGUCAAGAUGUUCAAAGACUUAAACAGCUCUGCUUGGAUAAACUUAAAGAGGAGAACGGCCCAGGUCUUGAUACAAUCAAAAUGCAACUUUAUUUUGACACGAAUUAUACCUCUCGACGUGAGUUUCUUGAGGAGAUCCAUCAGGUGCUGGAGUCCAAGCUAAUUGGAGUGAGUCGAGAGAUUACAGACAGCAGAGCAAGAUCCAGGGAGGAUUUCCAGGCUUUGUACCAUCAAAUAAUCACCUAUAUCCUGCUGCAAUCUGGGAUAGGCUCACCUACAGAUUUCAGCUGUGUACAAGACACUAGUGCUGCCCUGCAGAGUGUCUUACCCCUGAAUGAACUGGGAGCUUUCCUGGUACUGUUGAAGAAAGACAAGGAACAGCAGCUGAGAGAGCUCACUAUGAUUGUAACAGGAAUCCGACUCUUUAGUGAAGCCAGCAAGCAAGAAGAUGAGCUUUUAAGCAUCCACAAAUUAAUGCCUGCUGUUCUUAAAGAAGCACUUCAAGUCUGCGAUAUGAGCACUAAAAAUGAACUCAGCAUGACACAGAGUUUGGUGUGGAGAUACACAGCUGUGCUGGAGAAGUUAACAGAGCCUGACAUUCAGCCUGGACACUGUGAAGUGCCCAUUAUCCUGCUCAAACAAGCUCUCUACAAUGUCCGGCAACAUGAAAGUUUCCUCAAAAUCUUACAGACUGAUGCAAGCACAUGUUCCAAGCACGUGGAGUUUCAACAGGCUGAGCUUUCUUCUCUCUUGAAGCAAUUGAGACAAACUGUGCAGACAAGUACAGCCUUACCAGGCUCAACUGUCUUUCCCUUGUUCAAAGCUGUGUCAAAGUUGUGGUUUGAGCUUCAGGAUGAGGCCGAACUGCUGAACAUCCUCAAUAAGAUCUCUGCUGGUCUUAAGCCCUUCCUUGUCUCUCAGGCUAAGAUGUUUUCAGAAGCAUAUCUGGACAGCCUGCUGGAAGCAGCAGAAGUGAAGACAGAUAACCAGAGAAUGGCCGCUUCCUCAGAUAAACAGAUUGAUCCAGCACUGCUUAAGAGACAGGCAUGGCUCAUGCCUCAUCCAGCUGACAGUUUAAAUGAGCUGCCACUCCAGUAUAGUGGAUUCUGCGGUUACAUGUUUGUUAAAAGAGAUGGUCUUCUACUUCCAGGUAAUCCACAUAUUGGAAUUCUGAAGCACAAGGAGAAGUUGUAUGCAUUUAGCUCCAAAGAGGCAGCUUUUAUAUUUGCCUCCUCUCCAGAGGACUUUGUUGCAGAGGUGGCAGAAAAAUCCAGAUGUUUCCCAGAACUUUUUCAGCUUCUCAAACUACAUCAACAGCUUCCCUGUGCACGUCCAUAUUCUGAGAUAGAGCCAGGGCAGAGUUUAUGGCUCAUGCCAAUCACUAAGCAGGAAAUUAGUGUACAAACUGAUACCCACCCAAUGGACACCCACGUUGACAAGUCCUAUGAGUGGAAUGAGUGGGAGCUAAGACGAAAAGCAAUUAAACUGGCUAAUCUUCGGAAGACUGUAACUCACUCGGUUCAGACUGACAUGAGCCACAUGAGACGGGACAAUGUGAGUCAGGCAUGGCUGCCUAAGGAUGCUGCUUGUCAAAGCAAGAGAGACAGCAGGAGCAACAUCCCCAAACCUCAGACAUACAUGUCAGGUCUGAGGGGGCAAAGAAAUGCACACACACUCAAAACAAACCUCACAAGACCAGUUGAUGAAUGAAUGAUCUGGGUUAAAAAAAACUUUAAUGAAAUAAAAGUGACUCUGAGCAAAUUAUUCCAGUAUUUUAUUUUGUUUUAUUCGUUGUUGCACAGUGUUAUGGGUGACAUGAGAAGUUCAGGUAUGACUAAACAGUAGCUGUUAACAAUAAAAUGUGAAAUGUCCUGGUAACAUUGUGAAUAGGUUUCUAGACAUUCUCUUGGAAAGAACCAUGUCUGACCAGUAUCAGUUAUUUGUCAGACUUCUGUGAGCAAGAACAAUCUGUGUGAGCAGGACUGUAUUACUUCUAAACCCCAUCUUGCUGACUGACAGAAGCCACAGGAAGCUUUAAUUUCAGUUGGAUGUUUACAAUUUUCUAUAUUAAUUCAUGAGGUUUAAAUUCUUAAAGAGCCAAGUUGUGGUUCCAGAAGUGGACAACAGAGGUGGGUAGUAACUAAUUAUAUUUUACUCAGUUACAUUUACUUGAGUAAGUUGAGUAAAAUUUCUUUUUUGAGUUGCUUUACUGCACUGUACUUUUUACUUUUACUUGAGUAAUAUUAGAAAGUAUUGCUAUUCUUAUUUGAGUAAAGAUUUUGGCUACUCCAACCAACGUAACUUCAUUGAAUGAAGAACAGAGUUGCAAAAAUGCACCUGAGAGUCACCCACCUACACUUUGUUAAAGUGAGACUUCUUCUUUGUACACAAGCUUUGUUGUUUUGAUGUUAUUUUUUGAUCUGCUGAGCUCUUUGAGCCAUAUGUAGGUAAUGUGAACAUACAGUAAACAGCUGAUAUUGUCAGCUGACGUACUUUGCACUGUUCUAACAUACUGUAUAUACUGUACAUUAACUCUUGUAAGUAUUGGUUUCAUAGGUAUUAUGUUUAAAAAUUAUUUCAAAAAGUGUUUCUUCUCCCUCAAUUUGAUUUCUUUUGUAAUUAUGUUAUUUUUUAGUAUUUAAUUUUAUACCAGAAUUUAAAAUAUUUUAGAAUUUAAAAUAUGACUAUAUUUGUCUGUCCAAGUACAAAAAUCAAAUAAGAUGUUAUGAUUAGUUACUCAGUAUUUGAGUAGCCUUCUUACCAAAUACUUUCUUUUCUCUUACUUGAGUCAUUUCUUGGUUGGCUACAUUUUACUUUUAUUUGAGUAAAAAUAUGAUGAAGUAGUGCUACUCUUACUUAAGUACAAUUUAUGGCUACUUUACCCAGCUCUGGUAGAUGGGCCCUCUUCACCUCAAUGUCUAGCAUUGUUGCUUGGGCCACCUCACAUUUCUUCACUUUAAUAACGCCACCUUGACUUAAACUGAAAGUCUAAAAAUAUAUGUGAUAUAUAAUUAAUAUAAAAGUGGCACAUUGCCCACAAACUUUAAAGGUACAUAGCCACGUCAUAAGCUUAUUAAAAAAGACCAAAAACUGUUUGACCACGAUAAAAUGAGGUUAUAUACACAAAGCUUCCAUCUUGAUAGUGUUUUGAUGGCCCUUUUUGUGUCCUUUCUGGAUAUGUGGCAGUAAGAAAUUUCAUCUUCAAUGGACACUGAAACAGGAAGGUAAAAGAGGAAAAAAAAGGAGAAAAACAGAUGAGACAAUAUGCUUAAAGGGAGAAAGAGGAAAGGGAGAGAGGAAUAUGACAUUCUCUGUGUCUGCUUCUACACGUGCAAAGAGAGAUAUAAAAAAGAACAGCAAAACCAAUGAUAAAGUAUUACAGGAACAAACAACCAAAGACUUGAUACCAUCAAGUCUUUGGUUAC